AGCGGUAGACAGCAGUGAGACAGCCCACACAGCUCAUCAGAAAUGUCGCAGCGAAGACUAAACCCGUAGUAAAAACCUGCAGCAUCCUUUCCUCUAUUUAGGCGCUUCUGGUCAGCUUUGUGCCCCGGGUGUGAGCGUGGAUCUACGGCGAUGCACGCAAGAUGUUUCCUUGUCGAGAAGAAGCGGCAUAAAGAGGAGGAGAAGGCGGCAGUCUGCAGCAACGUGCACUACCACAGCAGGCUGUUGCAAUAAGCCGCCAUCAUGGAGGCUGGAUGUGUGGUUGCCGCGGUGAUUGAGAAUGCUGCCAUGGGAGCCCAGGAAGAACCAGGAAGUGGUGACGUCCUUGGGGGAGAUGUGCCACCGUGUUCAGACCAGGACAAAUCUGAAGACUCAUCUCAAGCUGCCAACAGUAAUCCUCUGGAGGAGAAGCAAGAACACGAGACACCCAGUGUCCUGGCCCCCACUGAUGAUAUCACAGAGCACCCAGAGCCCCUCCUGCGCGCCUGCGUCAGCACCGCCAGCAUGAAAGUCAAGAACAUGAAGAAGUUGACAUUCCCCAGAGGCCACUUUCCAAAGCUGGCCGAGUGUGCUCAUUUCCACUAUGAAACUGUGGAUUUUGGGAGUGUUCAGUUGGUCCUUAAAGAAGAUCAGAGUGAAACGCCUAAAGUAAAUUUGGAUUCUAAAGAGCUGGUCUACCUGUCUCAAAUCACCUGCCAGGGGAAAAAUUGGUUAGUGAAGAGGUCCUAUGAAGACUUCCGGGUGCUGGACAAACAUCUCCACCUGUGCAUCUAUGACCGUCGCUUCUCCCAACUCACCGAGCUGCCCAAGUUUGACCCUUCAAAAGACAUUGUGGAGGCCAUAACAAAAAUGCUGGCUACAUACUUAUCCCGCCUCUCAGUCAUCGCAGACAACAAGAUCAACUGUGGCCCGGUGCUAACAUGGAUGGAGAUCGACAACAAGGGAAAUCACCUGCUAGUUUCAGAGGAAGCUUCAAUCAAUGUUCCAGCCAUCGCCGCUGCCCAUGUGACCAAACGCUACACUGCUCAGGCAACUGAUGAACUAACUUUUGAGGUUGGGGAUAUAGUUUCUGUAAUUGACAUGCCUCCUAAAGAAGACACUGGCUGGUGGAGAGGCAAACAUGGAUUUCAGGUUGGUUUCUUUCCCUGUGACUGUGUGGAGCUGAUAAAUGACAAAAUUCCCCCCAACGUUCAGAGCUCAGUGCCAAAGCCAGUGUGCAAAAAGCAUGGCAAACUUGUGACAUUCCUGAGGACUUUCAUGAAGUCGAGGCCGCCACCCCAGAAGCUCCGGCAGCGAGGCAUCCUUCGGGAGCGAGUUUUCGGCUGCGAUUUGGGAGAGCACCUCCACAACUCAGGACAUGAUGUCCCACAGGUCGUCCAGAGCUGUGCAGAAUUUAUUGAGAAACAUGGUGUUGUUGAUGGAAUAUACAGGCUCUCUGGGAUUUCCUCCAACAUCCAGAAACUCAGGCAUGAAUUUGACUCGGAGCAGGUCCCAGAUUUGACCAGGGAUAACUUCAGACAAGACAUCCACUCUGUGGGCUCCCUGUGUAAGCUGUAUUUCAGAGAGCUGCCCAACCCCCUGCUCACCUAUCAACUCUACGACCGCUUCGCUGAGGCUGUGUCUGCAGCCACUGAUGAGGAGAGGCUGGUCAAGAUCUACAAUGUCAUCCAGCAGCUGCCUCCGCCACACUAUAGGACUCUAGAAUUCCUGAUGAGGCAUUUGUCUCGUCUGGCUACAUUUAGCUCAGUCACCAGUAUGCACACAAAGAACCUGGCUAUUGUCUGGGCUCCUAACCUUCUCAGGUCUAGACAAAUUGAGUCGGCCUGUUUCAGUGGCACGGCAGCUUUUAUGGAGGUGCGGAUCCAGUCUGUGGUGGUGGAGUUUAUCCUUAAUAACACUGAGGCUCUGUUCAGUCAGAAAAUAAACGCCAUCAUACGGGAAAACAAUGGUAACAACACCUUAGCCAGACCCAAAUCACUGCUGGUCUGUUCUCCAUCCACUAAGUUACUGUCAUUAGAAGAGGCCCAGGCUCGGACUCAGGCCCAGCUGGGGUCACCAGCCACCACCCCCUGUCUGUCCCACAGCGACUACAUUGAAGUGGGGGAGGGACCUGAAGCUCUGCUCGGCAAGUUUCAUACCGUCAUAGACCUGCCCAUUGACAACCUUAAACGAGCUCCUGUCAAAUCUAAGAAAUCUCCGGUUGGCAACUGGCUUUCAUUUUUCCACCUGGGCAAAUCUCAUUCUGUGACAAAACGCAAACUAAAGCGGCAUCCCAGUGAGCCUAACGAGAUGAAGAGCAUUGCACUGCCAGGUGGAAGAGGCGACACUGGUACAUUGCGUUCAACCAAAAGUGAAGAAUCUCUGACCUCUUUGCACAAUAUCCAAGGCGAUCCUCACAGUUAUCGGCCCCUACGACCCCGGUCCACCAGCGAGGCUAUUUCUGCUGCGGUCAGUAAAGAUGACCUGCACUCCUCCAGAAGUAAAGAAGAACUGCGGCCUCACUCUAUCCACACGCCUGCCUCUAUACUGUCUCCACAAGAGGACGAUCUCGACCUGAGUCCACCGGCUGUGGGCAUCUCCACUCUGGACUUUGACCCCAUGUCUUUUCAGUGCAGCAAGAGUGGAAAUAAAUGGAGGAAGAGUGCAGGGUGCUCCAGUGAAUCUGAACCUAUCUCCUCUCCCAACAAUAACAUAGACGAAUUCUCACCAGAUCUCAGCCCAGGUUUGGAUGCAGACGCCAAGAGGGUGUUGAAAUCUCCCAAACUCAGGAAGAAGUCAUUUAAGACGCAGGCAGAUGUUCAAAAUUCCUCGGCAGUGUUUGGAAGUUCGACAUCGCCCUCCCCCUGUACACCUUCACCUCUGGAUGAUAGAUGUGAUGUUAGUGAUGGAAAAGAGCGGAGACCUCCAUAUUCCCACUGCAGUCCUAUCAGCACCGUGAGCCAAGCUUCGGACCUCCCAGAUCCAGGAACAGAUAGACUUAUGAGUUCAGUCUCUGUUCUCCCUCCUCACCCUCCCCUGAUGAGCGCCGCACGCAAGCUGGCCUUAGCCCUGGCCGAGUCUGCGCAGAGGGCCAGCGGCUGCCCCCCAAGGAGAAACACCUACACCCCCCCUCACCCCUUGCUCCUCCCCAGACAGGACGCUCCUCUACCACACGGUACGGCCCAGGACAGACCAGCCAGGCCCUCCAUGUUGGAUCUCAAAGUGUACUUACAGGAGCAGCGAGGCAACAUCCAGGCAUCUUCAGCGGGACACAGCCCAGCUAAGAGCCACUGCUACCCUCCUCCUGUCCACUUCCUCCCUGCCCACCUCCGACCCGAGCUGGCCACAGACAGACAGGAGAGCUCAAGCAAUUUCACACCUAACGUUAGCCCACUGGGAUCAGGGAGUCUGGACGAAGGCAGAGACGAUUUGCGACCCGAAGAUAUGCCGAUAGAACCGACCUAUCAGAGCGUAGGAGUGUCCACGCCUACGCAGCCUGUCUGUCCCACUCAGAGCCCCUUGACCUCUCCUGUUUAUGUCAAUACCGACUCUAUAAAUGUCUUCAACUUCCGAGCAGUUCUUGCCGAAACCUCUAUGCCAACUUCUAUUGAGCAGGUCCUCCCACGCCCUCUGCAUCACCACUACAGCACAGAAGAGGACACGCCGGAUGACUACAGUUAUCUUAUUCAAACACGGCAACUACCCCGCUGCCCUCCGCCUGAAGCCUUGCCAAUUCAUUUACAAAAAAGCAUAUACCGGCAGUCUUCAGAGGGCAACUACAGUGCUUUAGCUUCCAGAUACCCUUUGUCACCUCAGAACAGACGUUACUAUAAAGAUGAGCAUAUUGUAAGUGGUUUUCAAAGGUCAAACAGCCAGCAGCAGAGGUCAGACGACAGAACAGCUGGGCAACCUGCAAUCAGGAGAGCUAGAUCUUUCCAUGCUCCACAGAUUAGCCACUAUGAGCUAGCCGAGGCCAAAAUCAUGCCUCCAGACACAAUAUUUUAUGUAGAAGGGCCCUCGAACCAGGACGCAAUCUAUUCUAGACUAAUAGAAACUGGUUGGCACCCUCCCAGUCAGUUAGAAAGCAACCAGCGACAGAAGCGAUAUCAAGGAGACAAUUCUCAAUACUAUGCUGAGCCCUGCCAACCAACUGGGAUUCGCCACAGCCAGUCCUACACGUUACAUUCCACUAGAGAAAGUGAACCAUCCGACUACUACGCUCAACCAAUGAAUAGGGAGCUUUUUAUAGAGCGCGAUACUGUUGUCUACGAGGCUAGAGAUUCAGAAGUGUAUGAAAGAGUUGUGUAUCAACCAUAUAGUAGAGAUAGGGGUAAGUCUCCAUUUGACAGUCCAAGUUCAAGAAAUCGAGAUAUUAUGCACACUCGCAGUAAGUCCGAUCCGGGAAAUGCUUACUUGCUUUGUGCAGAUAGAAUGGAAAAUGUACAAGCAGCUACCUCCCCAACAUCGCCCCUAUCCCAACAAAGUGAGCCAGAAGUUACUAAACAUAAAAUCAGUUACAGGCCAAGUGCAGAACCAGGCCAAACCAGGCGAAUUCAUAUAAAAGAGAGCUCAACACAACAGCUUCACAAAGUCCCCUCGCUCCCAGAAAGGGCUUGUCCUAACCUCAAAAACAUCGAGCACAAAAGCCAUAUGCAGGGUUACAACCAGGAUCCGCUCAUGAUGGCUAAAGCUACGAGCUAUUCUGGCAUUUUGAAACCGGGAAUACUCAGACGACCUGGCAGAUCGCAGAGCACGAGGGAAAGCCGACCCCACCAAUACCAGGUCAAAUCCCAGCUAGAUCCUGAACAUCCGGGAUCUUUUUCUCAAUCCGGUAGAAGGACUCAGAGCUAUAAAGUCAGACCUACGCAGCAUGACUUCACAGAGGGGUAUUACGCAGCUCCUAGAUCAAAACCUGUGCGAACGAACAAGGCUUUGGCCGGGUUUGUGCAGGCGCAAAGCUGCAUGUCUCCCAACAGACACAGACUUCUGUCCAAGGCACUGGGGCGAGAGGGUUAUUAUCUCAGAUCUGAAGGUGGAGUGUACGAUUGAUUAUUAUUGAACAUUUAAGUUUUACUCCAUGUCGCUGCCAAAGGACAUGAGCACUUUAUCCCCUGCCAGACCAAUAGACUGUUGUAUGGUUUUCAUUCAUUCAACACUCGGGAGAUCUGUUUGAAUAGGUUGUUUUCAUAAUGGUUUAUAGGCCAAAAUUAGCAAGUGAAGUAUCUACUGUUUUGUUCUCGUUCAUGGUUAAUAUCACUGCAAUUUCUCUGCCUCUCCACAUGAAACCAAAACUGCCACUGUUGAUGGGAAUAAAAUAAAUAUGAUGAAUGAACUUUUAACAUGCAAUGUCAUAUUAUUAGUCAUUUGCACUGGAGAGCUCAUAAAAAAACCAAAAAAAACAACAGGUAAUUUACCAUAAAAUAAAUAAGGUUUUGGGCCCAGUUGUUAACACAUUCAGGUUCAACAUUUGUGGAUUUUCUUUCAGAAAUUUUAUAUGAAAAAGGGUCUGCGAAAACAACCUAUUCGAGGUGCUGCUUCCAAUUCUAUUGCCAGCAUCCAUGAAAGUGUCAAACUGUGCAAUGCUAGAAGGGAACAAAUCCGACAUGCCAAUAUUGUCAUCAUAUAAAGAAAAUGUAUUUUAAACAACAUAAAAGUCCAGUCAUAACAGGUUUAUUUUACAUAUAUAUUUACGAAUGUGUAAAAAAGAACAGAUUUUAAUGCAUUAUAAAAAAAAAAAUAUUUGUAUUAUAAUAUAGCUAUCAUGUGGCCAAUGUACAUUGUGUUUAUAGUUUUUCAGUCUGCUUAUAGACUUCCACAUGCACUUUGUAUGGAGGACAGCUGUAUACUGUCUUAACAUGGUGAGGACUCUUAAUACUGAAUAUACAGGAUAUACAGUCAAUGCAGUAUAUUUUUAUUUGUACAAUACAACUGGCUUUAAACCAUUGCUAAAUCCUCUGUAAGCACUUUUGUGAAAGAAUGAUGGAAAGACCUCAUGAUUUCUACCUUUGGCACUGAAUAAUGCAAGGUUUUGUUCAAAGCCUCCUCAUGAAGAUAUGCUAAAAACAUAACGCUCAUUGUGAGAAGAGAAUGCAUUUUGUAACACUGUAUGACAUUGUGGUUUUGUCACAGAUUGAAAAAUAUAUAUUUUACUCUCUUAGAAAUCUUUUAAAAACAGUGUUUUAAUGGUAUAUCAUGUUUAAUUGUUUUAAAAUUGCAUUUCAAUGAUUAUCAGAUUGUACAACUAUUCAGUUAAGACAGCUAAGUUUG